AGAAGAAAGAGAUGUUCAUUGGCUCUGGAAACUAUUGAUAAGUCAUUAACUUUACGCCUAAUCCUCAUAAAUAGCGUGUCAACCAAACCUUUUACAAACAGAUUCAUCUUUCAUUCCAAAUACACUUUCCUUUGCAUUCAUUUCACCUUUGUUUCCUCAGUCGUCUUCUCAAUCUUCCAAAACCUACUUCAUUUCUUUCUCUGCAAUUCAACGCAGAACUUGGCGCCAUGGCCAUGUCCAUCAGAACAAUCACAACAACAACAGCUCUUACUCUCAGCAAUUCUAGAUCAUCACAACUUCAUCACCACCUCAGAUUAAACCAGAGAGAUUCAUGUCGUUUUCUCGGAAACCGGAGCUUGCCAUCGUGCAAUACGAGCCUUCAGAGAGUUCAGAUUGGCAGCAAGAUCCUGCUAAUGGUGGUCAACAGCGUUGACCCCGGCACCCCUCCUCUUCCUUCUGAACCUUCUGGUGGUUCUUGGAAAAUGUGGCUUUUAGGUGUACUUUUCUCAGUAAUUAUUCCCUUAACGAAGAACAAAUGGUACCCAUUACUCAAGUUGAAAGACCGAGUGGAGACGGUGACGGAUGCCGCAGAAGAAGUGGCAGAGCUCGUGGAAAAGGUGUCUGAGGAAGUAGAGGAGGUUGCGGACGAUAUCGGCAACCAUCUUCCCGAAGGUAAACUUCGACAUGCUGCCAUGCGUGUGGAGGAAUUAGCUGACAAAACAGGCAAGGCUGCGGCCAUGGCGGAUGAUAUUAUUGAGAAGGUUGAGGAAGUGGAGAAAGAGGUAGACUCCAUCACUGACAAGGCCAACGAGAAAAAGAAAGAAGACAAAAUCAAAGAAGCGAGUACCGAGCAAGAUAAUAGUAUUAAAAAUGAGACGGUUGCAGACUGAGCCAGCUUGUGGCUAGCGCAAUGCAUGCAUGUGAAUCCUGUAUGUAUGAGGUUUGUCGAUGUAAUUCAAUAUUUUAUAAUUUUUAUAUAUCAUAGAAUUUAUUUAACUAAAUGUAUAAGCUUGUUGCUGUAAGUUUCAAUUUCAGAUAACUGUAGUAUUAGAAUAAAAACUAUGAAGUAUAGGGUGCAACUUAGACCCUAUUCUAACCCACCAAUUCAAUC